CUACAUCGAAGUAGUAUCAAACUAGCUCUAUCAGUAAUUUAGUACUGCAUGGUUCACAAAAUCACAAAAAACACAUGGUAUCUAUUGGUUGCGGGUAUAAAGAGAGAAAGAGUGUAGGGUUCUUGGGUUAGGAAAAGAGGAAGCUAGAAUGGAAGGUAGCAGUAGUAAUUCAACAUCAAUGGCAGCAACGGCAGCGGCACCGUUUGUAUUGAAAACAUACGACAUGGUGAAUGACCCGUUCACAGAAUUAUGGAUAGUGUGGGGAAGAAGUAAUAACAGUUUCAUCGUAAUGGAUCCUUUAGAAUUCUCACAGAGAAUUUUACCAGUUUAUUUCAAACACAAUAAUUUCUCAAGUUUUGUUCGGCAACUCAACACAUAUGGUUUUAGAAAGGUGGAUACAGAUAGAUGGGAAUUCGCGCAUGAAUCUUUCUUGAGAGGCCAAAGACAUUUACUAACAAACGUGGUCAGAAAGAAGUCGAGCAAUAACAAGAAUUCGUAUGGCACUUAUCCUUAUAUGGUGCAAGCAGAGGAAGAGCAAGAAGUGCUAUUAAUGGAGGUUGGAAGGUUAAGAAGAGAGCAAGAAAUCCUAAAUGAAGAAGUAGAAGCAAUAGAUAAACGGUUGCGAACGGCGGAGAGAAGACCCGAACAAAUGUUGGCUUUUCUUAGUAAAGUUGUCAAUGAUCCUGAAAUUCUUACAAUAAUGGUCAAAGAAAAAGAAGCUAAAAUUGCAAUUUUUAGAGAGAAAAAGAGACGGUUUGUGCUCUCUGCAGCAUCUUCAUCUUCAACUUCGACACUAGGAGACUAUGAACAUGAGAGUGAGAAAUACCAGUCUAUUGCAAGACCAGAAUUGAUUAAAGCCGAAGAUGAUGGAGAUCAUAGUAAUUAUCAAGGGGAUGAGGGUAUAAUAAGGUCGUAUUCAAGCGUGGGUCAUCAUCAUCAACUGUAUGGUUUUGAAUCAUCACAAGAUAAGUAUCAUCAACCGAUAGCGCCUUUCUUUUAUUCAUCUGAUCAAAUGGAAGAGGCAAACACAAUUCCUUAUCCAUUUUCUCUACUGGAAAGUGGCUUUUAAUAGUUUCAAUCUAUUUAUAUAUAUGUAUAUAUAGAAGCAUGGGUUGCCAUAUUGUGUUGGACCAUCAGCUUGCCUGAUAAGGUAUGGAUAAUUCUUGCAGAUGCGCUCCAACCAAAAGAAACAAAAUGAAAAGAAGUAGAUGAACGGGGAUAACGAUAUGUGGUGGUGUGUCAUAUUAUUUGUUGGUUGUGUAAAAUUAGUAUAAUGAUACUUGGCAUUUAGUUUAUGCAUUAGUUACCUAAUUAAUUUCUAUAAAUUUAGAUGGAUUGUGUGUAAAAGUUUAGCUUGUGCAUCAUCAGAUCAAACAAUUCUAGUUUUUGUUAAGAAGUUAUUACUGCAUGUAACUUCCUCGAUGAGCAUUCUGCUACGAGGUUUACUGGCCUAGUUUUCCAUGCAUCUCCAUGUGUAGGAUAAUGUUUUUCUUUACGUAAUUGUCAUGGCGGUUCUCAAUGAAAUGAAGUCCGUGAAGGCGGUUUGUGUGGCA